GAUGUCUGUUCUGUGUGCUGAGGGAACCGCCCAGGAAGAGACAUUUUCACCUAUUUGGGGGUAAAAAGUUGGUGAAUGUCUUGAUUAAACCUUCCAAACAGAGAUUACUUCGUCCGUUAAUCGGUUUAGUUGCUUGUUUUUCGGCGAUUUAGACUAAGUUUCGUGUUAUUAAGGUGUUAUACAGACGACGUCAUGUCUCCUCAGGCUUUAGCCACUUAGCAGAUCAACAGGUAGAGCGCGAGACAGUGCACGCGCGCCACUUAUGGACCAUUAACACUUUAAUAUUAUUAUUAUUUAUCUUUUUUAUUUAUUCUUCCGUUUGCUUUCUGGAUCAUCUAAAUAAUGACGCCUGAUCUGUUGAACUUUAAGAAGGGAUGGAUGUCCAAACUGGACGAAAAUGGAGAGUGGAAGAAGCACUGGUUUGUGCUGACGGAUGCUGGACUGAAAUACUACAGAGACUCUGGAGCUGAGGAGAAAGAUGAGUUAGAUGGGGAGAUCGAUCUGCGCUCAUGUUUGAAAGUCUCUGAGUUUGAUGUGGAGAAAAACUAUGGCUUUCAGAUACAGACGGCGAGUGGUGUGUUCACUCUCUCAGCUAUGACUGCGGGAAUCCGGAGGAACUGGAUUGAGGUUUUGAGGAAAAACAUCCGACCGAGCAUUACACCAGAUCUUACACAACUUCCAGACAGCAGUAGUGAUAAAGAAGACCGUCACCAGUCAUCUCGUCGCCAGUCAGAAACCUCCUCCACUCCUGCUCACACCCAGCGCAGAUUUGAUUAUGUUGAGCUCUCUCCUGUAGCCACACCCACUCUUUCUGCCCCAACCAAUCAGAGAGAGGCAGGGGAAGGGCAGGUGCGAGAGCACGGCCAGGGUCAUGAGGACAAGAGCCGUAGCGUGCAGCGGGAAUCUGUGACAUCGCGCAAGUGGCCGGGGAAAACUCCAGAACAGAAACAAUUAGAGGAGGAGAUCGAGAAGAAGUGGGAGGAGUUUGAGCGUCUGCCUCUCAAACCAACGGUGUCACUGUCUGCAUUGGGAUCGCUGCAGAGGGAGGUGGCAUCUCUGACACAGCAGGCAGAGUGUGUGCGGGGUGAAGGGGGUGUGUGUGUGCAGGGGUGUGAGGGUGGGGGGUGUGUAUGUUGCAGUGUGAGUUUGGAACAGAUGGAGUGUGCUCACAGACACGCGCUGGAGGAACAGCAGAGGAAACAUGAACGCCAGAUGAUAGAAAUGGAGAGAGAGAAACUGAGACUAUUGAAUGAAGAGACUCAAGCUACGGCUCAUGCGAUGGAGGCUCUAAAAAAAUCCCAUAAAGAAGAAUUGGAGAGAGAAGUGCAGAAAGCUAAACACCUUACAACACAAACAGCUGGCACACACAGUGUCCGAGACCAGCAACGGCAGGAGCUCAUGUCUCUGAAGAGGGAGCUGGAAGGUUUAUCAGAACGCUACUCUCAGAAAUGCCUGGAACUCAACAGAGAACAGCAGAACAAUGGCGAGAAAGAACGACAGAUCAGCAUGAAGGAGAGAGAGAUGGAGCAACUGCGCAGACAAAACCAGGAUCUUCAGUCUCGGUUGACAGAGGAGAUCCGGCGCAUGCGCUCAUUUGUCACAGGUCAGAGGUCAGAGGACGUCAUCCUCGACAGCAACAAGGGGAGAUCAGUGUGUGAACUGGAGGUGCUUCUGAGAGUGAAGCACAAUGAGUUGGAGUACUUGCACAAAGAGAUCACUUGUUUAAGGAAUGAAGUGCAGUUCCUCAAUACGGAGAAGCAGAGUGUGUGUGUGCAGUAUCAAGAUGUUUGUGAAGAACUGAAGGUGAUGAAGGAAAGGAGUGAAAAAGAGGUUCAGACACUUCGAGAACAUCUGCGACUCGCCGUCGCCGCCCUGCAGGAGGAGCGGGGACUGCACAACAGCAUCUAACACACUCGUAUGGUUGAAAGGGAAGAGCCAGGAAGACCAUGUGCCUUUUUUUAAUUGCGUCAGCCAAUCAGGAGCAGAGUCAACUAUGAUACACUGGAUGGGUUCAAUCUGUUUGCGUGUGUAAAUAAGUGUGCGCGUGUGUGUGCGCACGUUUGUGUGUGCGUGUGUGUGCGCGCACGUGUGGGUGUGUGUGCGUGUGUGAGUGCGUGUGUGUGUGUGUGUGCGUGCGUGCAUGUACGUGUGUGUGUGUAAAUGUGUGCGCGUUUGUGUGCGCACGUUUGUGCGCACGUUUGUGAGCGCGUGUGUGCGCGCACGUGUGGGUGUGUGUGCAUGUGUGAGUGCGUGUGUGUGUGUGUGUGUGUGUGUGUGUGUGUGUGUGUGUGUGUGUGUGACAAUCUUGUGAUCCUGAAUCUAAAAAAUGGACUGAUCUGGACUAUUUUCUCUCUGGGACCAGACACACACACACACACACACACUCUUGCACUCUAACACUGUCUUCUACAUGCUCUUGUCCACAUCACCUACAUCACACUGUGUGGGGCACUUAGUCUGUGUCCCAAACCACACACCCUACUCUACAGGAUCGAUCACCAGGUGGACAUUAGCAAGUGAAGUAUGGAGCGGAUCUAUCAGCUAACACACCUACACAACCAGGAGCUGUGAGGUUCUAGAAUACACAUCAUCCAAGGGUUGUGGAUCCCUCACAAAGAAUUCUAAAAUUUCAAGCCUGGGUUCUAGAGCGAUCGAGAGCGAUGGUUUUGAGAUGUUCAGUCUGUUCUAAUUGUAGAAUGCACAACCAGAAAGAGGUCUUGAAUGUUAACCUGGAAUACACAACCAACCAGGAACCGUGUGGCCUGCAUUAAUAGUUCAGGGUUCUAGAUUGUUUAUCCUGAUUAAAGAGUUCUCAACUGCUCAACCAGUACAGUUCAGAGUUCUAUGUACGUUUUAAACCAAGAAGUAUCAAGGCUAAAGAGUUCCAGACUGUUCCACCAGUAAGACCGAGACUCCUUAACCAGGCUGGUUUUAGAAUCGAGCACCAGGAACGGUUCUAGAGGAGAAGAAAAACUAAAUCAGACCUUUAUAAUCUGACACAGUAGUCGUAGAGUUCCAGAGCGACGUGUCCAGGAAGGACUGUAGCCUGUCUGUUUAUAGAGAAACCUGCAACUGUUAAACCUGGAAUGGUUCUAGACUGUAGAUAGAGGAGCUCUAGAGGGUUCUAGAGUAGUACACCAGGAAAAACUGUGUCCCGCUCAACAAGGUUCUACUGAGUGUCCAAAAUGGAGUAAAUCACACACUCCACACCUGGUGAGGUCUAGAACAUUCUGUAUCGUAUUAACACUCAAUCUGAACACAGUGGAACAGCUUUAGGUUUUAUUGGUCAUUACACAACGUAGUAACUGUUUCAUGUAGCAGUGCAUUGUGGGUAAGGCUGAUAGUGUUAGGAACAGUGUUGGGUGGACAAGGCCUGGGGGAGUGAGCAGUGUUAAUAGGGUGUAUUAGAGAGGUGUGAUAUAAUGGAGAGACGUGUGUAAUGCCGGCUGAUUUGGGAUCAGUGUAUUGUGUCUACACACACACACACACACACACACACACACACACACACACACUACUGUGUGUUAGGAUGGACGAGCUGCUGUGAGGUCAGUGUUCAGCAGCAGACAGACUCCUGCACUGCCACACAGAUUAACACAACAUUGCUUUAUUGAGCCAAAGUUACCUUGAUUUACUUUUGUAAGCUAAAACUAGACACUUUGUCUUAUAUAUUUUUAUUUAAAUCAGCUUCUGUAAAAUAAUGUUUCAUGGUUAUAAUCAAUAAAAUUUACCUUUGUGUUUUA